AGGCAGCGUACGAGCUAAACCGGAGAGGAGGACGAUUCUAGCAGCGUGGAUAUGUCGGAUCCGGCGGCGCAGGCCUUGCAACCCCGGCUUCUCCAAGCCCAGUCUACUGGGUCAGCCGGGUCCAGUACUGCCGCGACAGGCUCCGGGCCAGGAAAUAGUGAUCCGGCCAGGCCAGGACUUAGCCAGCAACAGCGUGCAAGUCAGAAGAAAGCCCAAGUCCGAGCUUUUCCACGGGCGAAAAAGCUUGAGAAACUUGGCGUAUUCUCCGCAUGCAAGGCUAGUGACACAUGCAAGUGCAAUGGAUGGAAAAACCCAAAUCCACCGUCAGCCACACGUAUGGACCUUCAGCAGCAAGCAGCCAGCCUGAGCGAGCCGUGCCGCAGCUGUGGACAUGCUCUGGCUGAUCAUGUGUCCCACCUGGAGAAUGUGUCUGAGGAUGAGAUUAACAGGCUGUUGGGGAUGGUGGUGGAUGUGGAGAACCUUUUUAUGUCUGUCCACAAAGAGGAGGACACGGAUACUAAACAGGUCUACUUUUACCUGUUUAAGCUACUAAGGAAAUGCAUCCUGCAGAUGAGCCAGCCAGUCGUAGAGGGAUCCUUGGGAAGUCCACCCUUUGAAAAGCCCAACAUUGAGCAGGGGGUUUUGAAUUUUGUUCAGUAUAAGUUCAGUCACCUGGCACCAAAGGAAAGGCAGACCAUGUUUGAACUGUCGAAGAUGUUCCUCUUGUGCCUAAAUUACUGGAAGCUGGAGACACCGACACAGUAUCGCCAGCGCACACAGAAAGAUGAUGGGACAGCAUACAAAGUAGACUACACCAGGUGGCUGUGCUACUGCCAUGUCCCCCAGAGUAACGACAGCCUGCCGCGCUAUGAGACCACUCAGGUGUUCGGCCGCAGCUUGCUCAAGUCCAUCUUCACCGUGACCCGACGCCAGCUCCUGGAGAAGUUCAGAGUGGAGAAGGAUAAACUGCUGCCAGAGAAACGCACACUCAUCCUCACACACUUCCCCAAGUUUCUGUCCAUGCUGGAGGAGGAAAUCUAUGGCGAGAAUUCACCCAUCUGGGAGGCUGACUUCACCAUGCCUGCUUCUGAUGGCACACAGCUAGGACAUCAGACAGUGAUCAGUCCUGCUGCAGUGUCAGGCUCCCCUGCUCUGACUAAAGGUCUGAGUAGCAUCUCUUCUCUGGGCAGUAUGGACUCUGGAGGUGCAGAGCCCAUCACAGGAGAGAAACGAAAACUUCCGGAGGCGCUGACCCUGGAGGAUGCGAAACGGAUCCGUGUGAUGGGUGACAUUCCUAUGGAGCUGGUCAAUGAAGUUAUGAUGACAAUCACUGACCCUGCUGCUAUGCUUGGACCAGAGACUAAUCUGCUGACGCCAAAUGCUGCCCGUGAUGAGACUGCCAGGCUGGAGGAGAGGCGGGGCAUCAUUGAGUUCCACGUCAUUGGAAACUCACUUUCCCAGAAGUCCAACAAGAAGAUCCUCAUGUGGCUCGUCGGCCUGCAGAACGUCUUUUCUCAUCAAUUACCUCGCAUGCCCAAAGAGUACAUCACACGACUGGUGUUUGACCCGAAGCACAAGACCCUAGCCCUUAUCAAAGAUGGCCGAGUUAUUGGAGGCAUCUGUUUUAGGAUGUUUCCCACUCAGGGCUUCACGGAGAUCGUCUUCUGUGCUGUCACAUCCAAUGAGCAAGUUAAGGGCUAUGGUACCCACCUGAUGAACCACCUGAAGGAGUACCACAUCAAACACAACAUCCUCUAUUUCCUCACUUACGCUGACGAGUACGCCAUUGGCUACUUCAAGAAGCAGGGCUUUUCCAAAGACAUCAAAGUGCCGAAGAGUCGAUACCUGGGAUACAUCAAAGACUAUGAAGGAGCGACCCUCAUGGAGUGUGAGCUGAACCCGAGAAUCCCCUACACUGAGCUCUCUCACAUCAUCAAAAGACAGAAGGAGAUCAUUAAGAAGCUGAUCGAGAGAAAACAGAGCCAGAUCAGGAAGGUUUACCCAGGUCUCACCUGCUUCAAAGAGGGAGUACGGCAAAUCCCAGUAGAAAGCAUUCCAGGCAUAAGAGAGACAGGCUGGAAACCCAGUAACAAGGACAAAGGGAAAGAGGUGAAGGACCCUGACGUGUUAUACAACAUGCUGAAGAACCUCCUGGCCCAGAUAAAGACUCAUCCUGAUGCCUGGCCCUUCAUGGAACCAGUGAAGAAAUCAGAGGCUCCAGAUUACUAUGAAAUCAUCCGCUUUCCCAUCGACCUGAAGACCAUGACAGAGAGACUGAAGAACAGAUACUAUGUGACCAAGAAGCUUUUUAUUGCUGAUCUGCAGCGAAUCAUCACCAACUGUCGUGAGUACAACCCUCCAGACAGUGAGUACUGCAAGUGCGCCAACACCUUGGAGAAGUUCUUCUACUUCAAAUUAAAAGACGGAGGCCUAAUUGAGAAAUGAACUCAGCCACAGAAUUAUUUACAGAUGAGGAGUGACCGUCUCUGCUGCCACACACUGAGAUGAAGCAGAUCACAAGGAAACUAUCGCUAGCUAUUGUCAUAUCUGAGUUAAUAAAGGGUAUGUACAUGACUGACAGAUUUUACAAGGGAAUCAUUGGACUCGAACAAACAUGAUGGUUGUUUGGAAAUAUCAGAGCCAGUUUAGCAUUACACAGUGUCAAAUGGCAUUACCUUUCCCCUUAAAGCCGUUUUCUGUCAUUUUUUUCUUUUCCAAUACUCACAGUGGGUUAAUAAUCUUGAUAAACAUGUUUCAUUAAGUGUACCAAAGUUAUAGGUCCAAGUUAUAAAAAUGCCACUCUUUCCACCAUUAUUUAUAGUAUGAUUCACCCAGUUUUGUCGUGUUAAAUGAUAUUUGUUCAUUCCAGUUUGCUUAAACCUCAUCACUCAAGCAGGUGUAUAUGUAGUGUAGAGUUAUUUCAUAGAAAACUGGACCUCGGGACCUAAAGCCACGUUGCCUUCCGUUACUGACAGACACUUGAACAUCCCAACCAUUUUCAUGGGUUUAAAGAAAUAUUCUUUCAGAGGUGAAGUCCUUAAAACACUUAAUUAUGAAAGAUGGGCAGUAUAUUGACUGUUGAGUAGUUCAGACACAAUUUCAUUAGUCUGUUGCAGCCCUACUCCUGACUAGUUCAGAGACUGCUAGACUGCCAGCACUUGUGUGCUAAAUGAAAUCAUUUCCCCAAUUGUUGCCUUCAAGAAAACACUGUUUUCAUGUUGACAACAACAUAACAGAUGCUUAAUUAUACAGUAAAUAUAAUACAUACUGUUUAUGCACCAUUUACCACUGGCAGGGUUUUAUUCCACACCAUUUAGGAUGAGGUCGUACAUUAGUAUAGCUUUUACCAUGCUUGCAGGUGAUAUGGUAGCUGUUGGCACUGAUUUGUUGUGUAAUACACUCACUUCCACACAUAUGCUAAGUAGUCUAUUUUGUGUACAGCCACAUUUUGUUGUGGUGUCACAGGUUUACUGGAUAGUUUGUCUUGUUAAGUCCCAAACAUGGGGGGAGAAGCUAACCAGCAGUUCUCACAGGGCUUUAGGAAAGAACUGUACACAAGCAGUAGUAGGUGUUCAUGCAUUGCGGACAGUUUACAAUUUACAUUCAUUAAAAAACGAUCCAACUUUUAGCCUUUGUUGUUGCAGGUUUUUUUUUUUUUUUACAGUGUCAAGACAUUGUAAUGAAAUGUUGGAAACCUGUCUUUGCUCACCGUCAGUGUCAAACGGAGUGCUUCCUGAGACGAAUCCACUUCUUUUAUGGGAAGUAACUGUCCAGUGCUGUUUGAGCCUGCUUGUUGAAUGUUUCAUUGACUUGUGUAUGUUUGUUUGUGUGUUGAGUGGAUGUUUAUUUUGUACUUGAAUCAUGACUAGCUUUGAAUUACUGAAGUGAUGUCAGCGUUGCAUUAUUCAGGGUUGUCAGUUGCGUACUUCUUCCUCAGUCUACCUAUGCUGCAUUUCAGAUUUUCUUAAAAGGUCAGUCUGAGUGAACUUUUCACCCGUUUGAGGAUUGCUACUGUCUCAAGUUAUGGUAUAAAUGCCACUUACUGUAACUAUAAUACUGUUCAUGACAAUAAAGUUUUUAUAAAUGA